AUGACAAUAUCUACUUUCGAUCACGUGUCUGCGGGGCGACUUAGACGGAUUGCGCGUCAUCUCGCCUUCCCAAAUUUUCCCCUUCUGCUGCAGCUCGUAUCCAAAACAUCUAUCUAUAGUACGGAGUACGAGAGAGAGAGAAAGAUGUUUAACUCGGUGAAUCUGGGCAACUUCUGCUCCCAGACGCGCAAAGACCGGACAUCCGAGUUUGGGGACAGGACAGGCUGCGCGUCCAACAUCUACCUCCCCAGCUGCACCUACUACGUCCCCGAGUUUUCUGCCGUCUCCUCGUUUCUUCCACAGGCCCCGUCCCGGCAAAUCAGCUACCCUUAUUCCACAAAUCUGUCUCAAGUGCAGCCGGUACGGGAAGUUUCAUACGGCUUGGACCCUGCAAGUAAAUGGCACCACAGAAGCAAUUAUGCAUCGUGCUACUCGGGAGAGGAUCUGGUGCAUAGGGACUGUCUUCCACCAUCCACCAUGACAGAAAUGCUUAUGAAGAACGAGAGUGUGUACAGCCACCACCAUCACCAUCACACCCAUCCGGGCUCCAAUCACCCCUCCACAGGUUUUUACUCCGGCGUGGGGAAAAACAGCGUCCUUCCGCAAGGUUUCGACCGCUUUUUUGAGACCGCAUACUGCAGCAGCACGGACAAUCAGUCAGACAGUUGUUUACAAAAGGGCGAGGGGGGAAAGCUGGAAAGCGAGUCCCAGCAGCAGCAGCAGCAGCAGCCGAUAGCCUCUGUACCCGGAGCUCCGGAGCAGGAGAAAGACCCAGAAGAUGAGGGGGAACAUACAAAUUCAGGCUCAUGCACUUCUUCCUCCGCUACAACCAAGGACGGCACCGCCAACAAGAGCAGCCACUCGACCACUCCUCGCACACGGAAGAAGAGGUGUCCUUAUUCCAAGUUUCAGAUUCGGGAGCUGGAGCGGGAAUUCUUCUUUAAUGUUUACAUCAACAAAGAGAAAAGGCUUCAGCUUUCGCGAAUGCUAAACCUCACCGACCGCCAGGUUAAAAUUUGGUUUCAGAAUAGAAGAAUGAAAGAGAAGAAGCUGAGCAGAGAUCGCCUCCAGUACUUCUCUGGGAACCCCCUAUUGUGA